AUGUUCACUAGGGGAGUAAGGUAUUCCGUGCUGGAAAUUUUACUAUCCUUGACGUUUCCUAGUGUGCUGGUUAAUAUUAAAAAAUCAAUAUUCAUAUACGCUCAAAUUAACAUGGCGCCUAAAUCGGUCGACGCCAACGGGGUACUCUUCGAGUCGGAUGCGGCCACGCCGGAUCUAGCCCUCGGUAGCAGACCUAUCCAGCAAGCAGACAGUCAACCAAAGCAACUUGUGUGGCGAAACAUAAUUUUGUUCACAUAUCUCCACCUGGCCGCCAUUUAUGGGGGUUAUCUGUUCUUGUUUUCGGCAAAAUGGCAAACGGACAUAUUUGCCUACAUUUUGUAUUUGAUGUCGGGACUGGGAAUCACGGCGGGUGCUCAUCGACUUUGGGCUCACAAAUCGUACAAGGCAAAAUGGCCGCUCAGACUCAUACUCGUCAUUUUCAACACAUUGGCUUUCCAGGAUUCAGCGAUAGACUGGGCGCGCGACCACCGCAUGCACCACAAGUACUCUGAGACCGAUGCUGAUCCGCAUAACGCGACGCGGGGCUUCUUCUUCUCCCACAUCGGGUGGCUUCUGGUGCGCAAACAUCCCGAGCUCAAGAGGAAGGGCAAGGGCCUCGACCUGAGCGACCUCUACGCGGACCCGAUACUGCGCUUCCAAAAGAAAUACUACCUGAUAUUGAUGCCAUUGGCUUGCUUCGUCCUCCCCACGGUGAUCCCCGUCUACAUGUGGGGCGAGAGCUGGCUCAACGCGUUCUUCGUGGCGGCGCUAUUCCGCUACACCGUGAUACUAAACGUGACGUGGCUGGUGAACUCGGCGGCGCACAAGUGGGGCGACAAACCUUACGACAGGAGCAUCCAGCCCUCCGAGAACAUAUCCGUGUCGAUAUUCGCCCUCGGCGAGGGCUUCCACAACUACCACCACACGUUCCCCUGGGACUACAAGACCGCCGAGCUCGGCAACAACCGGCUCAACUUCACAACGAACUUCAUCAACCUGUUCGCGAAAAUCGGCUGGGCGUACGACAUGAAGACCGUCUCCGACGAGAUAGUCCGCAGCCGGGUGAGGCGCACUGGCGACGGGUCCCACCACCUCUGGGGCUGGGGCGACAAGGACCACGCGCAGGACGAAGUGGACGCGGCUAUCAGGAUCAACCCGAAAGACGAC